UAAUCGAAGUGAAAGACGUGCACUUGUCACAACAACAUUCUAAGUAAAAAGGAGUAAAGGUGUAAACAUGUCUUAAUGGAAUUACAUGUAUUUAUUAUUUACAAUGGAAUAUUAAUAAGAAACAGUUCUAAAUAAUGUUGAAAUUAUAGUAUUCAUCAUGAUAUAUUCGUUGCGAAACAUUUUGAGGUUACAUCGUAAACGCAACGCAUUUACUCGUUUUAAACAUUUUCAAGCUUCAAAUGGCGAUGAAAUCAGUCAAGAUAAUACGAAUCGAGGGAAAGUGAAGGAGUUUGAAACACUUUUUCAACAAUAUAAAGAUAAAAUAGUGUUUAAUUCGUAUCUGGGACAUGACAAAAUAGAACUCGGCUACUAUAAAUAUCACAUAAAAACAAUAGCAAACGCUCGAAAAGAGGAAGCAAAACGAUUUGAAGAAAAGAGGUUACCACCCUUGCCUGUCGCAUUGCAGUAUUAUGUUGAUAAAGAUAGGCUUUUAGACGAGGAAACUGUUGAAGAGGUUGAGGAUACUCCAAAAACUUUUCAGUUGCCUUUCUCUCGUACAACAGAUGUCAAAAUAUGUGAAGACGAAGUUAAAAUCGCAAAACAAUCCGAAGAGGAGUUUGACAGAUCAAACAUAAACAAAUGGAUGACAAACUAUGAACAUUUUGAUGAUGCAAUGUUAUCAGAAGAUGAAAAUUGUGAUUUAGAUACCCAGUGGAGUAAACAUUAUGGUACCGCAGAUCCGAUGGUACCAAUCAGUCGUGUCAGUUGUGGUGGAUGUGGAGCUCUACUGCACUGCAAUGACCCCGCUAUACCUGGUUACUUACCAAGUGAGCUUUUCAAAGGUCGAAAAGAUGAUGAAUUGAAGAGAAUGGAAUGUCAGAGGUGUCAUUUUCUUGCAGAAUACAACAUUGCCUUGGAUGUUACCGUGCAGCCUGAAGAAUAUGAAAAACUUCUUCAGUCUAUAAGACAUGUAAAGUCUUUAGUGUUACUGAUGGUGGAUUUGCUAGACUUCCCAUGCUCCUUUUGGUCUGGCAUAGUGGAUAUUAUUGGCCCCGAUAGACCCAUUAUUAUAGUGGCUAAUAAGGUUGAUCUCUUACCUGGCGAUAGUAUUGGUUACCUGAAGCGAAUCAAAGAAUCACUCAUGUCGGAAAUUAAAAAGACUAGAUUAAGAGAGGCUAAUAUUAAAUAUGUUGCAUUGAUAUCGGCUAAGACUGGCUAUGGCGUGGAAGACUUGAUAUCCGCCAUGUUUAAGUUAUGGUUAUACAAGGGUGAUGUAUUCCUUGUAGGCUGUACGAAUGUUGGCAAAAGCUCUCUCUUUAAUGUCCUCUUGCAAUCAGACUACUGCAAAGUGCAUGCUGUCGACAUUGUCAAAAGAGCAACUGUAAGCCGAUGGCCAGGCACUACAUUGAAUCUCUUAAAAUUCCCAAUUAACAGGCCAUCCGGAUGGAAAAUUCGCGAAAGAAGUACAAGAUUACAAUCUAAUGCGAAGCUUUUGAAGACUGAAAAUGAAAUUAGAAGACAACAAUUAUCAGGAAAAAAUAUUUCUGAGGCUCCAUCUCUAAUCGGUCAUAUAGGACGGACAUUCAAUGAGUACCAGGUUUUUAGUGAUAACAUUGCAGAGAAAAGGCAACCGUUAGAAGUACUUGACGAAAGACACGAAUUAUUUAAGAAAAGUAAAUGGUUUUAUGAUACACCGGGUGUGAUUCAUCCAGACCAAGUGCUUUCUCUCCUUAGUACUGAAGAACUGCUGUUAACCAUACCAAAAAAGCUCAUAAGACCACAGACCUAUUAUUUGCAUAAAGGCUCAACAUUAUUUAUCGGUGGCUUGGCAAGAGUGGAUCUCUUCGACUGCACAGAUCCUUGCCGCUUCACAAUUUUCUGCUCUGAGAAUCUUCCUAUAACUGUGGUAAAGACUGAAGAGGCAGAUGAAAUUUACAAUAAUUUUGUUGGUACUGAAUUAUUCGCUGUACCCACGGGUGAUUCAGAAAGACUUAAAAACUGGCCAGGGUUACAAAAGAAACAUGAUAAUAUACAAUUUACUGGUGAGGGGCCUAAACUAUGUUGUGGAGACAUAGUUCUUUCUUCAGUAAGCUGGGUGUCAGUGACUGCUAAGUUAGAUACACCUUGUGUGGUUACAGCAUGGACACCCGAGGGCAGAGGAAUCCACAAACGCUAUCCCUCAUUACUGCCAUAUGCUAUUAAUUUAAAAGGCAAGAGGGUCAGAGAUACACCAGCAUACAUGUUGGGAAACAUUUUUACUGAUGAUGAGCAAAAUUAAGAUUAACUUGAUCAUGUCAAAAUAAAUUACCAUGAAUCAUA